CGUUUUCAGAAACGUGAUCGUCCGCCGCCAUGUUGCCAGAUCCCGAUGCGAACGCGGAGUCGGUGGCGACACCGGCGGAGCGCGGCACGACGGCCGACCCCACGGUCCUCGCGGAAGCCUCCAAGCUCUCUCCCCCAGGCACGGCGAACGCCGCGCUUGCGCCGCCGGCAAGCACGGCCUCGGCGCCACGGGCUUGUUCCUUCUCCACCCGCGCCCCCGUGGCACAGGAACACCGGCAAGAGGCCCUUGAGGAGCACCAACAGCCGACUCCACUGCCCAAUCUGAACACGGAGUACCAAACGAUCACUGCCGACGGGUUUCGAAACCAUAACGCCAACGCAGCGGUCGACGUCGAGAGCGUCUUUCUGGAGACGUGUCAGUCCUCUGACGACAACUGCGUGCCAAGUAAAGAAGAGACGACUUCUUCCACCACUUCUGCGUCGCCAGACGGCCGUCGGCUGACGGACGGCUUUGAUGAGAGCGAUCUGCAGUACCUGGAGGAUGAAGGGCCUGACGUAGUGGACUUCUUUAGGGUGCUCAUAGGAGAGGGACGUCUGAAGCCUGGAGAUUGCGGGGUGUCGCUGGAUUCGAAGCCCGCGUGGGUGGACGACGAGAAGGUGCGCCUGGGGCAGCAGUUCGCGCAGAAGUACUUCUUCGGCCUGGUGUUCGCCGAGAUGAUCUCGCUCUUCCUGCUCUUCUCGUUACCAGGAUCGCUGCACUCGCUCAUCUUCUCGGGCAACUCGGACACGCCCUUCAAGGCGUUCCGCCGCUACCUGUCGACGGUGAGCCGCGUGCGCGCGUGGUACCGCGCCGACCUGUGGGCGGCGGAGGGCGAGGCGCGGCGCCACCUGCGCGCCGUGCGCCAGCUGCACGCCCUCUACCGCCGCCGCCUCAACGAGCUGAACGGCGCGCCGGCCGACGAGCGCGCGCGCCGCACGGCCCUUCGCCCACCGCUGUGGACGCGCGGCGCCGCCGACGCCGUGCGUGAGGACUUCGCCGACGGCGCGCACGCCGCCGCCACCGCCGCCGCCGCCGCCGCCGGCUGCCCGUUCUUC